UUUAAUUUUUAAAGUGGUAAAAUAUAUGAGUGAGAAUAGAAAAUUAAACGCUAUAAAAAGGGCAAAGACACAAAUAGAAGGCAUUAUUGGUGUUUUUGAAGCUAUAAUGUGAAGCAUGUGUUGUGUUGUCUGUGGUCCCCGGCACGUGAUUUAAUUAUAUAUAUUUAUACAUAUAAUCUGUUUGUGUGGACUAAAACAAUGUGUAUUAUAUUGUCAUUGUAUUUUUUAUAUACAUGUAUAUUGUAUAAUUUGUAGUAUAGAUUAAGGCAGGUAUCCAAUUUUCAUUGGAGAUGAUCUUUAUAAACAAUUGGUCAAAAGAGAACAAAUUAUUCAUUACAGAAAAAUACAUAAAGAGAGAGCUAGCUUAUGCUUGGUUUCUACUCAUACCUAUUACCUACUAUAAAGUAGCUAGUGUUAAAUUUAUAUUAUAUAUUAAACAAAUCAUAUUACUUUAUGUAUUAUAUCAUAUACCAUAAAAUAAAUUCCACCAAAAUUAGUUUGUUUGUGAUGAAACCCAAACGUAGAUCUGAUCUCAUAUUAAGUGCUCUAAGUAUGAAACCAUGAUAGUUUAAUUUCCAUAACAAAAAAAUUAAAAUCAAAGUACCUUUUUUAUAUUUUUUCCACAAUGGUUAUAUUUAUUAAUUUUAAAUCUUGCUCUCUAGUUGAACAUUAGUCAACAAUCAUUUUCUGAAAAUUUCAAAACUAGGAAUUUGGGUUUGUACUUGCGUAUCAAGAAACGUUAAUUAAUCAAAUCAUACUUGAAAAAAAGGAAAAAAAAAAAAUAGUAAUAAUCCUCAAACCCUCAUGAUGCUAUCUUGAAUUCAUAAAUCUUAACCAAAAAGAAAAAGAGCACAUUGGGUUCUGUAAUAUUCAGAGUUUUUAUUUUUGUUUCCAAAUCCAUAUUGAAAGUAGUAAGCAUUGAAAAGCCACUUUCAAGCAAAACUGUAUUGUAUUGCUGCUUUAAGAAAAAUAGCAGGUAUUUGUUAUUAUGCUUAUUCUAUAUAAAUUUAUACAUAAAAACAAAAGCAAAGUAAAAAUAUAAUAAAAGAAACAGAAAGAGAAACAACAAAAUUGUAAUUUCUGAAAAUCAAUCCAAGCCCUUUGUAGUAGAACUUAGAAGUAGAACAACCCCCCACUCACCUGCAGAUUCCUUUUGCUUAUUCAGAACUUUUUAGUGUAAAAAGACCCAUACUUUAUCUGCUGACUCACCCCAAACAAGAACAUCAAACUCACUCACUCACUCACUCACACUAUUCAUUUCAUUGUGUCUCUCACACAUCUCUUUCAAUACCGUUUCCAACUUCCAAGACUCCAACUAAAAAAAGUUACAAACUCUAAUCAUAUUAUGAAACAAUAAAAGAAAUAAACAAAAGUCAAUUAUAAGGACUUUUAUUUAUUUAGUCCACACCACAACUUCACAUUAACACUUCAUCAUCAUCAAAUUUCAAGUCUUUUCCUUCCUUCCUUCAUUCCUCUCUCUCUCUCUCUCUUUCUUUCUCUCUCUGUCUCUGUCCUAAUAGUUUUGGCCAAUAUGGAAAAGAAGUCUUUACUAGUAUUACUACUUGUGUUUUUGGUUUUCUUUCCCAUGAAUGUAAUUGAAUCUUCUCCCAUAUCUCAUAAUUCUGACAAGAUUUCUAAGCUUCCAGGACAACCUGAUCAUGUGGGUUUUCAACAGUUUUCUGGUUAUGUGAAAGUAAAUGAUAAGAAGAACAUUUCUCUGUUUUAUUACUUUGUGGAAGCUGAAACAGAUCCAACUUCAAAGCCUUUGGUUCUUUGGUUAAAUGGAGGUCCUGGUUGUUCAUCUCUUGGGGUUGGAGCAUUCUCUGAAAAUGGACCUUUCAGACCAAAUGGGAAAGUCUUGCUUAGAAAUGAAUAUAGCUGGAAUAAAGAAGCAAAUAUGCUGUAUUUGGAGACACCAGUUGGAGUGGGCUUCUCUUAUUCCACUGAUACUUCCUCUUAUGUAGCAGUGGAUGAUGAAGCAACAGCCAGGGAGAACCUAGUGUUCUUACAACGUUGGUUUAAGAAGUUUCCUCACUACAAAAACACAGACUUGUUCUUAACAGGAGAAAGUUAUGCAGGUCACUAUAUUCCUCAGCUGGCAAAGCUUAUGGUUCAAGUAAACAGAAAAAAGAAGGUUUUCAAUCUGAAAGGAAUUGCUCUGGGAAAUCCUGUUCUUGAAUAUGCAACAGAUUUCAAUUCAAGAGCAGAGUUCUUAUGGUCACAUGGGCUGUUAUCAGACACAACAUACGAAAUGUUCAGCUCAGUGUGUAACUAUUCAAGGUACGUGAGUGAGUACUACAGAGAUGCAGUUUCACCAUCUUGUUUGAGUGUGAUGACCAGAGUCAACGCAGAAACCAGUAAGUUCGUGGACAAAUAUGAUGUUACACUGGACGUUUGUAUCUCCUCAGUCUUGUCCCAAUCCAAGAUCCUAAACCCUCAACCCCAACAACAACAGCAAGUGAUGAUGAUGAUGAGGGAGAAGAGUGUGGAUGUGUGUGUUGAAGAUAAGAUAGUGAGGUAUCUUAACAGAAGAGAUGUCCAAAAAGCUCUUCAUGCUCGCCUCGUUGGUGUCCGCACAUGGGAAGUUUGUAGCAACAUAUUGGACUACCAAGUGUUGAACGUGGAAUUGCCUACAAUCUCCAUUGUGGGAUCACUAGUCAAGGCUGGAGUUUCGGUCUUGAUUUAUAGUGGAGACCAAGAUUCUGUAAUUCCAUUGAUGGGGAGUAGAACCUUAGUACAUAAUCUGGCUAGAGAGUUGGGCCUCAAUACCACUGUCCCCUACAGAGUUUGGUUCCAGGGAAAGCAGGUUGGAGGAUGGACUCAAGUUUAUGGAAACGUAUUGUCGUUUGCAACAAUAAGAGGUGCCUCUCAUGAAGCUCCCUUUUCACAGCCUCAAAGAUCUCUCAUGCUCUUCCAAUCAUUUCUUCAAGGCAAACCCCUCCCUGAAAUUUUCUGAUAUAAUUAAAUUUACACAUUUAUAUAUGCUAUUAAUUUAUUAUAUUAGUCUUAUCAGUUUGUAAUGGAUCCAAUCACAUCGAAUUUUUGCAUAUGGGAAAGAACAAAAAAUACCACACAGAUUACAACAUACAAUACAGCAAUAAUUUACACUAAUAUAUACAAUGUAAUUUAAUCAA